UUUUUUUAUUCCUGGAUCUAUUCCGACCACAUAGAUUUCGACCAAUCUCCCUGGUCCUGGGGUGGUCGAGCAAAACAUCGAUAGAGGCAGUAAAAUAGAAAUAUUGAAAUAUGCACAAUAUUCAGUCGAAACUUAUUGCGCAAUAACUGUGUAAGCUUAUAGAUCAUAUCUAAAAUUAGCUUUAGGAUCCCAAUCAUUACCUCUUUUUAUAAAUAGCAUGUUUACAAAUAACACUAGUAAACAUGCUUAUUUAUAGCUAUGUUGCAAAAACUAGUGAAAUACGCAAAACUUUAUAACAUAGUAUCCCUUACUUUAACUUCAAACGUAUUAUUGGAAGCUGGAUAGUCAGUCGCAAGGAUUUAAAAUCUUAAUUCAAUUCAUUUGCGGCAGAUAAACUCAAUUCUGUAGGCCUUCCAAUGACUAAGAGAAGAGUGGCAAAUUUGGAAACAGUAUCCUUUGAUGUCCCAUGAUCAGUCAUGGCCACUCCAAGCAAACAGAAGCACGACACUGCCAAACCGACACCUGCUUCACUUGGAAUCAGCACCAUGAAACCAAAGUUUCAGCAAUAUGCACUUCCUUCUAAAAGACACGAGUCAUUUACAGAGGCCUCGGUGCCGUGGCCUAAAACUUCACCCGUCAAAGUUGAGGACUUGGUGGCCGCCGGACUUGUAUAUACAGGUGUAGGAGACAGUGUACGCUGCUACCACUGCGGCGGUGGUCUCCGGAACUGGGAGACAGGAGACGACCCGAUGGAGCAGCAUGCAAAAUGGUACCCGACCUGCCAACAUGUCCUCAUAACCAAGGGGAAAACCUACAUACAUUGUGUUGAGGCUGGCGAAAACCCCGAACACUUGUCAGAACAAAGACCUAAGGUGAAACAAUCAUCGCCGGACGACUUGGCAUUUCAACAACAACAAGAAGCGAUGCAAGCCGCUGCUGAGUUUGGAUAUUCCGAUGAGAGCAUUAGAAUUGCAGCGGGUUUAUUUCGGGAACGAAAAGGAGCCUCCUCCAAGUUUAAAGGCUCUGAUUUGGUUUCAAUUUUGAUGGAGAUGGAAGACGACCCUGACCUUGCUUUGAAUGCCGAUGUUCUUGAUUCACGUUCACCAGCUACGCCUUUAGACCAAACAGAAAGCGCAGAUGACGAUCUUCAAAGUCUCGUUUUUGAGAACGAAAGACUUAAAGCAUCAUUCAACUGUAAAAUAUGCCUGGACAAUCGCGCGGACGUUAUCUUUCUCCCAUGUGGACACAUUGUGAGCUGCCCCCAGUGUGCCCCCGCCCUAGAUCUGUGUCCAGUCUGCCGCAAGUCCAUUAUGGGCCUCGUCAAGGCACAAUUUGCAAACACAAGAAUUGAUGUUGAAAAUGACUAUGGUGAAUGUGAUGCAUAAUAAGCACUGAAGAUAAAGUGAUUCUUCUGGUGACAAACUAUUUUUGCUAAGUACAAGUUUUGUACUCAUUAGCACAGCAUUAUGAUUGUAUGCUUCUCCUUUAAAACUUGACAUUUCAUGUUGUAACCUACAGCGUGUAACAAUUUUAAAGCAAACGUAUACAUGUUCUUAGCCACGCCGUCCCAAGCCAUAUGACCGUAAAUGCAGAUUAUUAUAGCAAGGUACUCCGCCGGGACCUUGUGCACGUAUUGCAGAAAAAGAGACCGGGGAUUCCCCUCGAGAAUUUCAUUUUGCAUAUGGACAAUGCAUCGUCCCAUACUGCACAGACGACGCGUUUAGAGAUCGGGGUCCUCGGAUUCGAGAAAAUUUCGCACCCACCAUAUUCCCCAGAUUUGGCACCUUUUGAUUUUUCCAUCUUCCCGGCAAUUAAAACACAAACGGAAAUCGUUUCGAUUCGCUAACAGAUCUACGCACGGCAACAUCACAAAUUAUCAAACAAUAUGACUCUGAGUGGUAUAGGGAAAUAUUCCGACGCCAAUGGAUUUAUCGCCACCAACGGUGCAUCCAGUGUGACGGCGAUUAUUUUGAAAAAAACUAGGAUGACGUCGAUUACGCUGUUAACGUCAUUCCAAUGCAUCCGGCGUGCGCCGGGUCUGCGUUAGUGACCUUGUUCAGAGCCCUGUAACUUUUGCAACAUACGUACUAUUUUCAUGAAAUUGUCAGUGUUUGUAGUGGAUACUAUCCGCGUCUUGUUAAUGUAUAUUUUGAUGCAUAAAUAAUCAAAUAUUAAACCAUAUUGGUUAUGUGAGAACAAUCCUGUUUAUAUUGGAUCAUCCCUCGUAUGAUACGUGCCACAGUACAAUUGAGGGUUAGAUGAUGUUAAAACAUUAUGAAAACACAUCAUUGUUUGACAACAAUACCUCACCUAUUUAUGUUAUAAUCACAGCAAGCAAAAUAAGAGAAAAUAUUACGACGAUGUAUGCGGUAUGUAUUAAUAUACUGAUUACCUCACUCCGAAGAUGUAUGUUAUAUGAGUAAAUAUACUUAUUACCUCGUUCCAACGAUGUAUUUGAUAUGUGUAAAUAAAAUUUGUUCCUCAUUCCGACGAUGUAUGUGAUACGUGCAAAAUUAAUUGCUACAACUAUUUAAAGUUGUAUUUACAUUAUCUACGUAUUCUUUGAAGGAACGUUUAACUUUCUAUGAAAAAAGUAUUCAUGCCUUGUCAAUAUUGUAAAU